AUGUUAGCUCUUUACCUUGAUACAAAUCUACUCAUUGGAGAAAUUCCAGACUGUUGGAAUCAUUGGCAAAUUUUAAGUUAUUUAAAUUUAGCAAACAACAAUUUGACAGGGAAAAUCCCACCUACUUUGGGAUAUACAUAUCCUUUUCUGAUAAACCUUCGAAAUAAUAGCAUGUUUGGAGAAUUACCCUCCACAUUGCGAAAUUCUUGGAGUUUAGUUAUGCUUGAUCUUAGUGAAAAUCAUUUCAGUGGAAGUGUACCAGCAUGGAUUGGUGAUAAGCUCUCGAGCCUUGUGGUUCUAAGCCUUCGAUCAAAUAACUUUGAUGGUCAUAUUCCUCACAAAAUUUGUGAUCUUCAAUUUCUUCAAAACUUGGACCUUGCCAACAACAACAUUUCAGGAGUUAUUCCAAAAUGUUUCAAUAAUUUAACUGCAAUGGCCACAAAAAUCAAAACCAAUAAUGAUGUUUCUUUGUCGCAUCCAAAUUUUUACAAAUUUUCUUUCAAAGCAUUAUUGGUGUUGAAAGGAAGAAAGGAUGAAUAUGGUAGCAUACUAGGACUUGUUACCAGCAUGGACCUUUCAACUAACAGCCUCAUAGGAGAGAUCCCCAAAGCAAUUGGUAGUCUCGUUGGACUAUUGUCUUUAAAAUUUUCAGGAAAUCUCCUAACAGGAAAUAUACCAGACAACAUUGGCAACAUGGAGUUAAUAGAAUCUCUUGAUUUGUCCAUGAAUCAACUAAAUGGUGAAAUCCCUCCGAGUUUCUCCAAUUUAAAUUUCUUGAAUCACUUCAAUGUGUCCUACAACAACUUGACAGGACAAAUCCCAACAAGCACUCAACUUCAAAGCUUUGAAAACUUGUCUUAUGUGGGCAAUCAUCUUUGCGGACCUCCUCUCUCUAAGAACUGCACCUCAAAAGGUAUUCCAACUGAUGUUGCAAAUAAUGGAUGUAUCAAUGAAGGAAGUAAAGUGAAUUUGCUUUAUGUCAGUAUAGUUUUUGGCUUUGUAAUGGGAUUUUGGAGUGUAGUGGCUCCCUUGUUUUUCAUUAGAUCUUGGAGGAUUGCAUACUAUCGAAAGUUGGACCAUAUAUGUGGUAAACUGUAUGUGUUUUGGGCUAUUAUGGAUAUGUAG